UAUAAACUAGUUAAAAAAAGUAAAAAAAAAAAAUAGUGCAAAAAUGGAGCUGUUAUAUGAGAAUCAGAUCUUGCGAAUGCCACCAGGCACAGUUGAGAAUAUAAGGAAGAUCCAUGAUUUGGAUAAGCCUGGGAGAUUGGACGAAGCUAUCAAAAUCCUGGAUGACUGGGUACGAAAACAGGAUCAUUUGGUCAAGAAAGAUUUUAGCAAGGUGUACUUGGAGAAGACGUUGAUAUCAUGCAAGGGCUCCGUCGAGAAGGCGAAGAAGCAAAUUGACCGGUUGUGCACCAUGAAGACUCUGCUACCAAAAUUCUUCACAAAAACCAACGUGAAGGCGGAACUGCAAAACAUUUUGAAAGUUGCAUCGCUGUUACCUCUACCCACACCUACCGACGACUACUACCGCGUCCUGCUGAUUAAAAUCAAAAGUUUCAACUUUACUUCUGAAAGUUUCAUGCUGUAUUUCCAGUAUUGUUUAAUUCUGUGCGAGUACAUAAAGGCCAACGAUUACGUGAACGGUUUCAUCAUAAUAUACGACUGCCGGGAGCUGAACAUGUUCGACAUUGUAUCCAAGAUGAGCACGGUCGACUUGCAACAGUUCGUCACUAUUUUGGUCGAAGGCUAUGGAGCCAGAAUGAAGAGUAUUAACAUAGUGACAGAGUCUAAAGCUAUAGAGCUGAUCAUAAACACAGUGAAACAGUUUAUAAGUGAAAAGGUUGGCAAUAGAAUGUACGUCCAACGUACAUUGGAGGACUUACAUAAAGUUGUUCCUAAACAUAUCUUGCCAGUCGAGUAUGGUGGCACUGAGAAGUCUGUGGAGAUUUUACAAGAGGAGAUGGUGCAAGAAUUGAGCAAAGAAGAGUAUGUGGAUUACGUGAAAAUGAUGUUCAGCGCUCGCACAGAAGAAGGGAAGAGAAAUGCUGAGAAGUUUAAUCAAGAAUAUCUUGGCAUGCCUGGAUCUUUCCGAGCUUUGAGUGUGGACUAAAUCUCUUGUAGAUUUUUGGUUAAAUGUAAACUAUAGUAUGUAGCUUGGUAUUUUGGCUUCGCUUGCGUUAUAGUUUUAUUUUACUACUUUAACAGUCUAUAUGUGGCCACUGCUGGCUAAAGGCCUCUUCACGAACGGAGAAGAUUUGAUCAUUAAUUGUUACGCUUGCUCAAUUGGGGUUGAGUUCUCAUGCAUGAGAGGCUGGAUCUUAAGCCUCCGGCCCACCACGACAUUUUGACGUUAUAGUUACUUCUAAAAAAAUAUUAUCACGUAUCACGUAACCUAAUAGAUACCGUGGCCAAAAUCGCCAUAAAAUACAUGUGCUAACGCAAGCGAAGUCAGGGAAAAGCUAAUUAUUACUUGCCGUAUUUUAAGGAAUUUUAUUAUGUAGUUUUAGAAUGGAAAUAUUGGGUUUUCUUGACGGAUAUUUCUUAGUUGUAAGAUUAAAAAAAUAUAAAACAUUUAAAAAAACUGAA